AUGACUCUAUCCCCCGCUGUCCCCCUACCUCCACUCACCCGUAUCGCCAUCGUCGGUGCCGGCGGACCGUCUGGUCUUGUCGCCCUUCGCCAAUUGCUCGUCGCGGGCGUUCCCGCCAACAAGAUUUCGGCUUAUGAAGGGCGCGACCGCGCUGGCGGAGUGUGGAACUAUGAGUCGGAACCCGGGACGAUGCACGUCGAGUGGCGUGAGAGUGGGCCACCGGUGGUGAGAGCUCAGAACGAGGUUGAGAACCCCGGCGCAAAUGGACCGAGUGCCAUGUAUGACAAGUUGAGGACCAACUUGCCCAACAAGAUCAUGAACUACCGCAACACUCCCUUCCCCAAGGACACACCCAUCUUCCCCACCCACGCCCAAAUCGCGACAUACCUCCAGGAAUACGCCCAGGACGACAACCUCAGCUCGCACAUAUCCUUCAACACGCGCGUUACCGGCGUAUACCACACUAGCGGGACCACAGAUCCAGCUGAGAAAUGGACGGUUGAGACGGAACACCGCAAGCAGGACGGCACGACCAUCCAGUCGAGCGAGAAGGUCUCCCACGUCGUCAUCUCCAAUGGCCACUACAAUGAGCCGUUCCUCCCGCCCAUCCCCGGGCUGGAUGGAUGGAAGGGCCAGCUGCUCCACUCUCGCUGGUGGCGCAAUCCGGUCUCUCAGCGUGGCAAGAAUGUUGUCGUGGUGGGCAGCCGCGCGAGUGGAUCAGACAUUGCGCGCGAGCUCGCCAUCGACGACGAGGAUCACCCCGCCAACCCCAAACGCACCAUCUAUCACAGUGUACGCGGCCUGAAGCCCGGGGAUACAGUGUGGGACGACGAUUUUGCCUGGGCCAAGCGUAUCAACGUCGUGCAUGAGAUUCUGAGUGUUGGGGACGAUGGAACAAGCCUGCAUCUCGAGGACGGCACGACGCUUUCCGACGUGGACACGCUGGUCUUCGCCACGGGAUACCUGUACUCGUACCCGUUCUUCCCAGACAAUAAAGCUCCAUGGGACAAGUAUCCCGUCACAACAGCGCUGGCUACCGCGAGCAAUGGCCUACCAAGGGCUGGAGGACAGGAUAUCCGCAACUUGAACACGAGCGAUACCUUCUACGAGCCGGACCCGACGCUGGCAUUCAUCGGUCUCCACUAUGCUGUCAACCCGUUCCCCCUUGGCGAAGCAUCGGCGCGCCUCAUCGCCUUCUCCUACACCCACGACCGUAUCCCGCCGCUACCCCCGCUGCGCCGCGCGACGGACAAGCCCAACGACAAGACUGUCGGGUGUCCCGCCGAGUUUGAUAACCAGGACGCAUGGUUGUUGGCUAUUGGCGAAGGAGGGGUUGAUGGCGGUGGAAAGCCUGGUGGCUGGCCGCAGUCGACCGAAGAGACGAGAGAGAUGAGGGCCAAUGCGCUCAAGAUGCGUAAGAAGGUGUUGGGUUAUUAG